CGAGACCUGAAUUUCAUGAAGCUUAAAGAAUUCAGUUUGACACAACUGGUUCAUUACUUUUUUCCAGAACUCAAAGAGUUUGGACUCAUUCAGCUUUUUAAUUCCACAGUCUUGUUUGUCUUUGAUGGUCUGGAUGAGUGUCGCCUUCCUCUAGAUUUUAUGAACAAUGAGAUCUGUUCUGAUGUGACAAAGACAACUUCACUGGAUGUGUUGUUGACCAACCUCAUUAAGGGAAAACUGCUUCCAUCUGCUCUCAUCUGGAUAACCUCCCGACCAGCAGCCAGCAGUCAGAUCCCUCCUGAGUGUGUUCAUCGUGUAACAGAGAUACGAGGGUUCAGUGAUCCUCAGAAGGAGGAGUACUUCAUGAAGAGAUUCAGUGAUGAGAAUCUGGCUAAGAGGAUCAUUGCACAUGUGAAGUCAUCAAGGAGCCUCUACAUCAUGUGUCACAUUCCAGUCUUCUGUUGGAUUUCAGCCACUGUUCUUGAGAGGCUCUUUGUUGAGGAACACAGUGGAGGUAUUCCCAAGACUCUCACUGAGAUGUACACACACUUCCUGAUCUUUCAGACCAGUUUAAAGAAUGAGAAGUAUCUGAAAAAACAAGAAACAGAGCCUCUGAAAUCUUUAGAAUUAGAUAAAGAAUUUGUUCUGAAACUGGGGAAGUUGGCUUUCAACAACCUUGAUAAAGGAAAUCUCAUAUUUUAUGAGGAAGAUCUGAGAGAGCUUGGCAUUGAUGUCACUGAAGCUUCAGUGUAUUCUGGAGUGUGUACAGAAGUGUUUAGACAGGAGAUCGGGUUGUAUGAGGGGAAAGUUUACUACUUCGUACAUCUCAGUGUACAGGAGUAUCUUGCUGCUUUAAAUAAUUUUCUGUCAAAUACUGACCCCAACCUGCUGAAGAAAACAGUGGAUCAAGCUUUAGAGAGCAAGAAUGGACACUUGGACCUCUACCUCCGCUUCCUCCUUGGCCUUUCAAUGGGAUACAGUCAAAAGCUUUUAAAAGGGCUGAAGCCACAGGGAAGAUGGCAGUUUACUAAGAGAGAUGUAGUAAAUUACAUUAAUCAGAAGAUCAGUGAGAAUCUAUCUGCAGAGAAGGCCAUUUAUCUCUUCCAAUGUCUGAAUGAACUGAAUGAAAGUUCUCUGGUGAAACAAGUCCAGGAGUACCUGAAAACAGGACAUCUUUCAGAAAAGAACAUUGUACCCACAGAAUGGUCAGCUCUGGCCUUUGUGUUGAUGAUGUCAGCAGAGGAAUUGGAUGUUUUGGAUCUGAGAAACUGCACCUUACGUGAUGAAGGUCUUCAGAGGAUGCUGCCAGUGAUCCAGGUCUCCCGAACUGCUCUGCUGAUCAGCUGUUCACUCACUGAAAGUUGCUGUGAAGCUUUGGCCUCAAUUCUGAAUCCAGACUCGAACCUGAGAGUGUUAGACCUGAGUGACAACGACCUGAGGGACUCAGGAGUGGAACUGCUCUCUAUUGGACUGGGGAACAAAUACUGUAAACUGGAAACACUGAGGUUGAUCAGCUGUUCUCUUACUGAAAGAUGCUGUAAAGCGUUGGCCUCAACUCUGAGCUCAGAGUCAAACCUGAGAGUGUUAGAUCUGAGCAACAAUGACCUGCGGGACUCAGGAGUGGAACUGCUCUCUGCUGGAUUCGGGAACCAACGCUGUAAACUGGACACGCUGAGACUGUCAGGCUGUAGACUCACCGAGAGAGGCUGCAUUUCUCUGGCUUCAGCUCUGCGUUCAAACCCCUCAUACCUGAGAGAGCUGGAUCUGAGCUACAAUCACUCAGGGGACUCAGGAGUGAAGCUGCUCUCUGAUCUACUGCAUGAUCCCACCUGUAAACUGGAGACACUGAGGCUGAACCUGUGUGGACUGACAGAGAAAUGCUGUGAAGCUCUGGCCUCAGUUCUUACAUCAAACUCCUCACACCUGAGAGAGCUGGACUUGAGUGACAAUGACCUGCAGGAUUCAGGAGUGGAACUGCUCUCUGUUGGACUGGGGAACCAACAGUGUAAACUGGACACACUGAGACUGUCUGGCUGUUGUGUCACAGAGAGAGGUUGUACUUCUCUGGCUUCAGCUCUGCAUUCAAACCCCUCUUCACACCUGAGAGAGCUGGAUUUAAGCUACAAUCACCCAGGGGACUCAGGAGUGAAGCUGCUCUUUGAUCUACAGCAGGAUCCCACCUGUAAACUUGAGACACUGAAACUGUCUGGCUGUUGUGUCAUGGAAGGAGGCUGUACUUCUCUGGCUUCAGCUCUGUGUUCAAACCCCUGUUCACAACUGAGAGAGUUGGAUCUGAGCUACAAUCACCCAGGAGACUCAGGAGUGAAGCUGCUCUCUGAUCUACAGCAGGAUCCCACCUGUAAACUGGAGAAACUCAAACUGUCUGGCUGUUGUGUCACGGAAGGAGGCUGUACUUCUCUGGCUUCAGCUCUGCGUUCAAACCCCUGUUCACAACUGAGAGAGUUGGAUCUGAGCUACAAUCACCCAGGAGACUCAGGAGUGAAGCUGCUCUCUGAUCUACAGCAGGAUCCCACCUACAAACUGGAGAAACUCAACCUGUCUAACUGUGGAGUCACAGAGGGAGGCUGUGCUUCUCUGGCUUCAGCUCUGUGUUCGAACCCCUGUUCACAUCUGAGAGAGCUAGAUCUGAGCUACAAUCACCCAGGGGACUCAGGAGUGACUCUGCUCUCUGAUCUACUGCUGGAUCCCACCUGUAAACUGGAGACACUAAGACUGUCAGGCUGUAGACUCACCGAGAGAGGCUGCAUUUCUCUGGCUUCAGCUCUGCGUUCAAACCCCUCAUACCUGAGAGAGCUGGAUCUGAGCUACAAUCACUCAGGGGACUCAGGAGUGAAGCUGCUCUCUGAUCCACUGCAGGAUCCCACCUGUAAACUGGAGACACUGAGGCUGAACCUGUGUGGACUGACAGAGAAAUGCUGUGAAGCUCUGGCCUCAGUUCUUACAUCAAACUCCUCACACCUGAGAGAGCUGGACUUGAGUGACAAUGACCUGCAGGAUUCAGGAGUGGAACUGCUCUCUGUUGGACUGGGGAACCAACAGUGUAAACUGGACACACUGAGACUCUCUGGCUGUUCUAUCAGAGAAGGAGGCUGUGCUGCUCUGGCUUCAGCUCUGCAUUCGAACCCCUGUUCACACCUUAGAGAGCUGGAUCUGAGCUACAAUCACCCAGGAGACUCAGGAGUGAAGCUGCUCUCUCAUCUACUGCAGGAUCCCACCUGCAAACUAGAGGCACUCAAUGUGGACCAUGGUGGAGAGUGCAGGAUAAGACCAGGGCUUCUCAAAUACUCCUGCCACCUCACAUUGGAUCCCAACUCAGCAAACACACACCUGUAUCUGUUUGAGGACAACAGGAAGGUGACAUGGAGGAGUGAGAAACAGCAAUAUCCUGAUCAUCCAGACAGAUUUGACUGUUUUCCUCAAGUUCUGUGUGCAGAGAGUCUGUCUGGUCGCUGUUACUGGGAGGUUCACUGGAGUGGAUAUGGAGCUGUAAUAGGAGUGACUUAUAAAGGAAUCGGGAGGAAAGGAAACAGUGAUGACUGUGGAAUUGGAGACAAUGACAAGUCCUGGAUUCUGAGCUGCUGUGGUGGGAGUUACUCCGUCUGGCACAAUAACAGGGAGACUGCAAUACCUGUACCCAUCUCCCACAGAUUAGGAGUGUAUGUGGACUGUGUGUCCGGCACUCUGUCCUUCUACAGCAUCUCCUCCGGUAAACAGACCCUCCUGUACAGGUUCACCUCCACAUUCACUGAGGCCCUCUGUCCUGCUUUUGGGGUUUAUUCCAUGGGCUCUUUGGUGUCGCUGUGUGAGAUGGAGUAAACACACACACACACACACA